AGCAUUCACUUCUCCGUUCUCAUAGGAUCUUAUACGACAUUUAUUGAUAGCUACUGCAUCACGAUGAAGUACAUAAUCGUGUCUGUUCUGUUUGUUGGAUUAUGCCACGCCAAAACGUUGGUAAAACGCGCCCCUUCCGCUCAAAGCCCCAAGGUUUUCUCAGCCUUAGAUGUGCUGAGAGGCGGGGCCAAUCGGCAGCUCGGUGUUGACCAGAUCCAAGAGUUGUGGCUAAAUGUUAAACCCGGUCAAGAUUUCCCGCUCAUCGCUGAGAUCCCCAAAGCCAGCGUCGACUGUGCAAAAUUCAAUCAACCCGGCUUCUAUGCGGAUGUUGACGCUGGGCAAUGUCAGGUCUUCCAUCGCUGUGAUAUUAACGGGAAUUUGACCAGCUAUCUGUGCCCCAACAUGACGCUGUUUAACCAAAUUACGCUGGUAUGCGACUGGUGGUUCAAUAUUGACUGCGCUCAAGCCAAACAGUUUUACGAUUACUCUAACAGCCGCCUGUAUCAAGAGGGUGUGGCUCUUCUGGAUGACGAACCAGACUACACCAUGGCCAUUACCGGAGCGGCGCAACAGAUGCUUGCUGCGAAGGACUCUUCCGGUGGGAGCUCCGGUGGAAAGAAGAAGAGAAAGCACAAGAAAUCCCGUGAACAGUAACUGUGAAUUGUCGGUGCGCACAAUUUUACCAUUAUAUACUGACUGCUGGCCGGCAGCAUUAAUGGUUACCGUUUAAUUUCUCAAUUAUAAGUACCGCUGCAUGUGUUCUGUUUAUUUGAUGCAAGAGGAUUGCGGUUUUCUAGUCAUAAGCUGGCGAAUGAUGUGACAAUCGGGCGCUUAGUUUUACAGAAGUGACCGACUGAUUAUCGUGUCAGGUGUCCACCUUUUGCCUGUGAAUAAACGUUAAAAGCAGCUG